UCUGUCUUGAAGCCGUCUGCUCCACUCAGACUCGCCAACCUCUCGCCGCCUCUUUAAACAGGAAGCCUGGGGUCUCCGCUCCCCCCUUCUCUUCCCUCCCGAUUGUCAGACCCUGAAAGCGUCUGAGGUGGGGAGAAGCAAACUCCUGGGAGCAUGCGGCCGGCCGACGUCUGCAGACCAGCUGAUUGUCCACAUCGACGGAGGAGGGGAGCCGAGGGGGGAGUGACUACUGAUGCUCCAGUAAUCUGCCACCGUGUGAGUCAGAGCUGUGAAGAGCAAAGCGGCUACAGAGGCAGCUGCAGCAGCGCGAGACACGUUGCUCUCGACGAGCGUCAACAACUCGCCAGAGCAGGAUGAGAGGGCUAAGAGGCUGAGCGGGAGGAGGAAGUGACACAGCGCCGAGAACCAGAACAGAAGAAGAGAAUCAACAAGACCGCUGAUCUGACAGCCGUUCGUUUUUUUUUUGUUUGUUUUUUUUUUAACUGUUUGAAACUGUGGAAGAUCAGUGAAUCUUACUGACAGCGCUGGAAAUCUAAGCCGCUCCAGAGGAAAAAGGAAGUUUGGUGUCUUCAGGUUUACGACUUAACGCGCCGCAGCAGGGAUGUCCUGGCUGUCUCCCGUUCAGUGGGCCAAAUGGACGUGGUCAGCAGUGACCGGAGGUACAGACGACGAUGGGGAGGAUGAAGCGAGGAAUGUCAGAGAGGACAAUUCAGACUCUGAGGGAAACUUUGAAACCCCGGAGGCUGAGUCUCCUGGCGUUGUCAAGCUGCUCGGCCAACUGGACAACUCAAACCACACAGUUCUCCCUGACGUUACCAACCAGGUUUUGGACAGAAACUCAAACCAAGAUGUUGGCACAGCCUCAUCUGAAGACGUCGACUCCCUCAACAACCUCACCAUUUCCUCACCCGGCAACACCGGCUUCGGUGUGGACCAGAACCUCAAUCUGACCCUGAGUGCCAAACCGGUUCCUGGAGAGGGCGUCUCGCCGUCCGGCCCGCUGCCCCAGCCUCCAGCCGCCAGGCCGCCGUCGCUGCCGGUCGUGUCUCCGCUCAACAAACCCGAUCCUUCGGAGGUGGACGACCAGGCUCCGGUGACGUCCGAUUCCAGCCCGGACUCAAACUUGACCUUCAGUCGGGACAGCGGCGUGGAUCCCGAUUUGCUCAACGGGAACAUGAACUCUGACGCUGUGCUGUUGAACACGAGACUGACCUCUGACCCCGGCAACGCCAUUAUCACGAACUCGUGUAGAGCAAAGCAGAUCCAGCCGAUGCAGAAGGACUUCAGUGCACAGGAUGAGCAUCAUGGCGGCCAUGCCACAGAUGAGGAGAAGUUGGCAAGCAGUGUCAGUGUCAAACCAGACAAGGAUCAAAAAAUCCAAGAUGGCCACGUGAUGUCUAAACCUGAGGAGUCAGACUGCUGCUCUGCGUAUGAAGACACGUGCAAAUUGAAGAGCAACUCAGGGGGAAGUGAGAUGCAGAAAACAGGAAGUCAGGUCCUGGACUCCAUCUGUAUCAGUGAAGCAGAGAAGCAGGCUGUUCUAACCCUCAUUAGAGAGGAGAUCAUCACUAAAGAGGCCGAAGCCAAUGACUGGAAGAAAAAAUAUGAGCAGUGCAGACAAGAGGUGGAAGAGAUGAGAAAGAUUGUAACAGAAUAUGAGAAGACGAUCGCUCAGAUGAUCGAGGAUGAGCAGCGCAACAACGUGAGCUCCCAGAAGGCUUUGCAUGCUCUGGCCAUGGAGAAGGAGGCGGCGCUGGCCGACCUGAACUCUGUGGAGCGCUCUCUGUCUGACGUGUUCCGGCGUUAUGAGAAUAUGAAGAGCACCCUGGAGGGCUUUAAGAAAAACGAAGAGGUGCUGAAGAAGUGUGCUCAGGAGUAUCUGGCCAGAGUCAAGCAGGAGGAGCAAAGAUACCAGACACUGAAAAUCCACGCUGAGGAGAAACUGGAUAAGGCCAAUGAGGAGAUUGCUCAGGUGCGUUCCAAGGCGAGCUCGGAGAGCAUAGCGCUGACAGCCAGCCUGAGGAAGGAGCAGAUGAAGAACGAGUCUCUGGAACAAGCCCUGCAGCAGAAGAAUCAAGAGAUUGAGGAACUCACAAAGAUCUGUGAUGAACUGAUUGCCAAGAUGGGGAAAGUCGACUGAGAAUUCCUCGAUGGGACUGAGGCCCCGCCUCCUGCCCUGCCGUGACGUCCCGUGCAUGACCCCCAGAACAGAAGCCGCCGUCGUCCCCUGUGCCUGCCCUGCAUCUCAGCGCCUGCUCCCCCCGCUGUACACGCGUCUGAAGCAACUCCCUCUCAAGUGAAAUUGCACUACAUGUGACCAGAACCGCCGGGGUUCUGUGCUUGUAACUUAUACGUGUUCACCUUGUUUCGCUCACAUUUUGUGCCUGUUCUGAAGCCAUCUGGAGCCCCUGACUGUUUGUCGGUGAACAACAACCCGCUUGCGACUCAUCUCAGACUCCCAGCGGCUUAAACGCUAAAAUCCCAACGACUCCCCUCGUAGGAUGACGUCAUGUUUAAUUGUUUGCUGUGAAGUUGCAGUAGGGCUUCUGGUAUGAUGGCCUUUAGACGUUAAUUACUUUAUAAUAAUAACAAUAAUACAACCAAUACAUGUAUUUUUCUAUGAAGUGAACAGAUUUUAUUCUGAAAGAGUAAAGCUCAGGGGCGAUGUUUGGGCAGAAGGAGGCCAAACUGCACAAGAGCUGGCGGAGGGAAGGAUUUAGGGUUAUUUGAGGAAAUCACGGCGGUCCUUAAAAGGCCUUCGGUUGUCAAAGAGUGACAUCGAAACCAGUCAUUGAUGGACUUUAUCUGGUUUGCUGCACAACGCGUUUUGAUUGUGGACGGUUUGAGUAGCUGCAGAAUGUUUAUCAAUCACAGAGAUGCAGAAUAACCUGACAAUCAAAGACUUUUCUGUGAUUGUACAUAUUGUGUGGCACUAGUUUGUUCGAUCUACAAAAUCUCAAUGAUGACAACUUUGUAUCUGGUCAAAACAGGCAAACUGCUGAAGCGCUGUUCUUUUCAAAUCCCAGAUAAUGUUAAGGAGUCAUGAAGCACAGUGGCAUUUUAAAAAUAUUUGCUUGCUCUAGUUUUGUUUUCACUGACCACAUUCACCAUGAAAGAAUCCAAGAUUAUUUUAGUUUUUUUACAGGUUUUGUCUGCAGCGUCACGUGCCAUGCCUGUGUUCACGGCAUUCCUCGAGUCAUUCAUGUUUACCGCCAUGUUUUUCCUCUCAGCUUCCCGAUCGUCAAAUAGCUGAUCAUUCUUGUACUGAACCAGCAAACUGUUCUUACAGAUUCAGGAUGCCACGACUGACUCAAUCAUCAUGAAAACAACCAGGAAGUCCAAUAAGGAAUGAUUCGAAUGUGCUUCAUCCAAUGUUAAUAUUAUGAUUUUUUUUUUUUUUACAUUUAAAAAGCUGCCUUUUAAAUCAGAUAAAGUUUCUCUUUUUUUAAUAAAAUAAACCGAGUGUCUCGAACAGAUAAACGUGUAUUCAGAGGAUAAUAAAAACUACAGUUUGCCUCAAUAUUUAAGAAUAUAUCAGAUUUGUUAAUAUUUAAGUAGAGGAUCUGACACAGAAGGAGUUAGUAGUUUGGGGGUUUUGCACCUUUCUGUUCUGUGGAGGGGAUCACUGUUGUUGAUGCUUUGUUUACAAUGUACUUUACCACAAAGUAAAUCUGCUUCCAGCACAGACCCACUGAUGUGCCACAGCAUAUAUUUGUGCCAUUUUAAUGUCAUGUUACUUAUUGUUUUUUGUCUUCAUUUUACAAAAUAUCAUUUUGUAACUUUAUCCCCAUUCUUGAACCAUUUGUAUAAGUUUGUGGAUUAGAAAUCUCACACUUGUAUUGAAGCAGAGUGAAUGUGUACAUUUGUUUGAAUAAACAUGAAUACAAUUUCUCA